AUGGUGGACUUCUCGAUCUGCCUCAAGGACAUCGACUUUGACAAUCUGCCGACGGAGCUGGGCCUCUACUCCGUCGAGUCGCUGGCGCCGCCCGCACCCACACAGACCAGCGAUGAUCCUGACCCUGCUCUGCCCACACCGACGGCGACGGCGACCGACGAACAACCGUCCGAGGCGCCCGCGCGCUCGCAGGCGGGGCAGGAGGUGGAGGUGGUCCCGCGGAGCAAGAAGGACCGGGAGCGCGAGAAAGAGAAGCGAGCGCGGCAGGACGAACGCGAGAAGUGGCAGCAGCUGCUCGAGGCGCGCGAGGCCGAGUGGAAGGAGAAGACCACCGACAUGGCCGCACAGCUGAGCGCCCUCACCGAGCAGGUCUCAGUCCAGGUCCAGACCCGGGCGGGCGAGCCGCAGCCGCGGCGCGAGGGGCUGGUCGGCGAGAGGCAAGAAGACGGGCACCGGGCGGAGCUCGCGGAGCUCGAGAGGCGGCUGCGCGCCCAGGAGAAGGCCGGCGAGCAGCGAGGGGAUGAAGUGGAGCGCCUGCGCAGGGAGCGACUUCUGCUCGAGGCCGACAUGGGACGCCUCACUGAAGAGGUGCAGGCCAGGGACGCCCGCCUGGGCCGACUCGGCGAUGAGCUGGCCGCCCUGGGCGUCGCCAAGGAGGACCUGCAGCGGCGACUGCAGCGCGCCGAGGAGGACAUGACCCAGCGCGAGCAGCAGCUGUUGACUGGCAGCGAGCAGGAGCGUACCCGGGUCGCGGGCCUCGAGGCGCAGCUCGCCGCGUGCCAGGCGGAGCGUGACGCGGCGUGGGAGGAGCUGCAGCGCGCUCGCGAGGCGCUCGACAGCGCAGCCGAGCGGUUGAGUCAGGUCGAGGCCGAGCUGGUGCAGGCGCGAGAGGCGGCGCGAGCGACCACGGAGGAGGCGGGCGCGCUGAGGCGCGAGUGCGAGCAGCUGCGCGACGAUGCGAAGCUGCGCGAGGCCGAGCUCGAGCGGGAGAAGGCCGACGCCGCACAGCGGGCCUCGCGAGGGGCAGACGAGCUCCGCGCGGCCAACGAAGCGCACGAGGCCGCCGUCGCCGCCCUUCAGUCGACGCUCAGCGAGAGCCGUGACAGGGAGCUGCGGGCAGAGAUGGAAGCCCGCAGCGCGACGGAGAAGCUCGCGCGGGCGCACGACGGGGCCAAGGCAAGGGAUGCGGAGGUGGAGCGGCUCCAGGAGGAGCUCAAGGAAGCGCGCAGGGAUCGGGAGAAGCUCGCGCGCACGCUGGACGGGGUGCGGAAGGAGCGGGAGCGCGAGAGCCUUGGCCAAGAGGAGGGGGAGGGCGCGCUCAAGCGCGAGCUGCAGGAGGCCGGCCAGCGGCUGGAGGAGGCGAUCCGGCGCGAGGAGCAGCUCGCCGAGCAGGUCGCGCAGCAGCAGCGGCGGGAGCGGGACGCCCGCGAGGCCUUUGACCGCGAGCUCGCGCAACAGCGGAAGGCGCACGACGAGAAGGUUGCGCUGCUCCAGAACAAGGCCAAGGUCAAGGGCGUGCUGGUGGACAAGAAGACCCGCGAGCUGGAGGAGGCGAAGCGCGAGCGCGACGAGGCGCAGGCCCAGCUGCGCGACGCCCGACAGGACGCGCAGACGACCGACGAGGCGCGGCGAGCGACGAUCGACGAGCUUCAGGCCGCACUGGCCCGCGCGCAGGGCGAGCGCGAAGCCGACGCGCGUGCGGCUGAAGAGCGCCUGAUCGCACUGCAGCGCGAGAAGGAGAGCGUGGAGGGCAAGCUGGUUGAGGUGAGGCGCAGGUUGGACGAGGAGCUGGCGACGCUGCGACGAGAGCUGGGCCAGAAGGAAGACGAGCUACGUCGGCAGGAGGCAGAGGCCUCGCAGACCGCCGCCGACGUGGCGCAGGCCCGGCGGCAGGAGCUGGACGCCGCGCUGGCCCGGGCGAGCGCUGCGGAGGCCGAGCUCGCGCAGGCACGGCAGGAGGCCGAUGCUCAGCGUGCGCGGCGCGAGAAGGCGAAGCUGGAGCGUGAUGGGCUGCGGGAGGAGAAGCAGAAGAAGGAGAAGGACAUGGAUGGCCUCAUGAAGCUGCUCCUCGCCAAGGAGGCCCGCAUUGAGGAGCUCCAGCGCGACGCCGACGAGGCCGUCCAGCGAUGCCGCCCCAUCGAGGCCGACGCCCAGGAGACUGCGGGGCGCGUCGCGGACGCGGCCGCGGCCGACAAGGAGAGCAAGCGGCAGCUGGAGGAGCUGCGGACCCGCAACGCCGCGCUGCAGCAGCAGAGCGAGAGGGACGCGGCCGAGAUUGCGGAGCUGCGUGCGAGCGCGAGGAGCGCGCAGGACCACGAGGAGACGAAGGCGCUGGUGGCCCAGAUGCAGCGGCAGCUGGGCGAGCUCCUGUCCAAGGCCCAGCGUGACAAGGACGAGCUCGCGCAGCACCGGCGGGCCGCCGACGAACAGAGGCGCGCAGCCGCCGAGGCCCAGGAGAGGCUUCGCGCGACCGAGGAGGAGUGCCGAGCAGCGCGGCUCGGGGCGGACGAGCAGCGGGCCGAGCUCGAGGAGAUGCGUCGGGUGCUCGAGCGCAAGGAGGAGAUCAUCAAGGAGUCCAAGCAGCUGAUCAACGAUCGAGAGCGGCGCAUCCGCGAGUUCAUGAACAAAGGCAACCGCGAACUCAAAGCCAGCGGCAGCGGCGCCACCACCAGCAGCAACGAAGACCUCUGGGUCGUGCUCGACGACAAGACCCAACAUCGGCUGUUGGACGACAUGCGCAACGUGCUGGAGGUGACGAAGCAGAUGGUGGAGGACAAGGCGCACGAGAUCGACCUGCUCCAGGAGCAGAUGCAGGCCAAGGCCGCCCAGGAGCAACAGAUGCAGGCCACCAUCGACCAGCUCAACGACCAGCUCGUGCGCGAGCGCGAGGCACACCAGCAGCAGUGCACCGGCCUCGAGGCCAAGGUUGUCAUGCUGGCCGAGCAGGGUGCCGUCCUCAAGCGGCUCCUCGCCCUCCACAACGACACCGCUGGCUCCUCCUCCCGCAGCGCUCCCGCCUCUCCCCUCUCGCGGCCCAAAUGA